AUGUCAGCGAACAUCCGGUCGGAGGCUGCUGUGGUCGCUGCUGGUCCUUUCCUUGGUGGUGGUUGUAGUGGUAGCCAUAUCUCUCCCACUCACACUACAACCGGUCAACCAACCGGAACAAAAUUCGCUAAUCACGUGAAAUGGAAGUUUGGAUUCUGGAAGCGUUUAGGUGUUCCGUCUCCCGAUUACUUCCCUUAUAUUGGAGGCAUGGCAGAGAUUCAAAAACAGGGUAUUUAUGAGUUUGACAAAAAUUUAAUCACAAAGUACGGGAGAGUAGUUGGAUUGCAAAUAGGAGGUACUCCAAGUCUUCUGAUAGCUGACCCAGAGAUCAUAAAGAACAUCUCUGUCAAAGAGUUCUCCAAAGCCCCAAACAGAUUUCAACAUUUUUCUGGAUCAAAAAAUGAGAUGAGGCAUGGGCUGACAGCCGUUGAAGACGAUCACUGGAGGUUCAUGAGGAACACACUCCUACCCACCUUUUCUAGUGGAAAAAUGAGGAAGAUGGACCCUCUACUUAGAGUGAAGUACAAGUUGUUGCUUGACAGUUUGAAAACCAACGCCGACGAGGGAAAGCCAAUAGACUUCAAGCAAACAUUCGGUGCUUACACAAUGGACGUGAUAGCUUCCCUUGGAUUUGGAAUGGAUAUCAACUCACAAACAAAUCCAGAUAAUUUAUUCGUGAAAUAUACCAAAGAACUGACGAAUUUUUCGUUAUCUCCUCUAACCAUUCUUUUAGUACUUAUCCCUAAACUGGACAUUAUAUUUGAUUACUUCAAUGUGUCCCCUUUGAACAAUCGUCGAGUGAUGGACUUUUUUAAAUCAGCUGUGGAACGGGCCAUUGAAAUGCGCGAUGAUGAAGACAAGAACAGACAGGACCUUCUUCAGCUCAUGAUCAAUGCUCACAAAGACACGGACAAAAACGAAAUGGAGGAGGAACAAGCAAUCCAAGAUGAUCCUCAUAAAUGGAAGAAACGAGGAUUAACCACGGAUGAGGUGACAGGCAACGCCAUCAUAUUCUUCAUCGCGGGUUAUGAAACAACUGCCAGUACUAUGGCUUUCAUGGCGUAUUGCUUAGCAACCAAUCCAGACUGUCAAGAGAGACUAAUAAACGAGAUAGACUCGGCUAUAGGACAGGAACUGCCUACCUAUGAUAACGUUCAGACUAUAGAAUACUUAGACAGGGUGCUGAACGAGACUCUGAGACUGUAUCCCCCAGCUACAAGAUUAAGUCGAGUAGGCAAAACGGAGCUAGAUAUUGGUGGAUAUAAGAUUCCUGGAGGCAUAGAGCUCGCUUUUGCUGUAUAUGCCCUGCACAGAGAUCCCGAGUUUUGGCCUGAGCCCGAGAAAUUCGACCCUGAGAGAUUUUCUCCCGAGAAAAAGUCCGAGCGCCAUCCGUAUGCAUUCCUUCCGUUUGGCCACGGUCCACGGAACUGCAUUGGUCAGCGUUUGGCUACCAUGGAGAUAAAAUGCGCCAUUGUGUACAUACUUCAGCAUUACCGCUUCAAAACGUGUGACAAAACAGAGAUUCCUCUGAGACACGUGAAAUGGAAGUUUGGAUUCUGGAAGCGUAUGGGUGUUCCGUCUCCCGAUUACUUCCCUUAUAUUGGAACCAUGAGAGAGAUCAAGAAACAGGGAAUUUAUGAGUUUGACAAAUCCUUAAUUACAAAGUAUGGGAGAAUUGUUGGAAUGUACCUGGGAAGUAAUCCAAGUCUUCUGAUAGCUGACCCAGAGAUCAUAAAGAACAUCUCUGUCAAAGAGUUCUCCAAAGCGCCAAACAGAUUUCAACAUUUUUCUGAAACAAAAAAUGAGAUGAGGCACGGGCUGACAGCGGUGGAGGACGAUCACUGGAGGUUCAUGAGGAACACACUCCUACCCACGUUUUCUAGUGGAAAAAUGCGGAAGAUGGAUCCUUUACUUAGAACGAAGUAUAAGUUGCUGCUUAAAAGUUUGAAAACCAACGCGGACGAGGGAAAGCCAAUAGAAUUCAAGCAAACGUUUGGCGCUUACACAAUGGACGUGAUAGCUUCCCUUGGAUUUGGAAUGGAUAUAGACUCACAAACAAAUCCAGAUAAUUUGUUCGUGAAAUAUGCCAAAGAACUGUUGACCUUUUCGUUUAAUCCCAUAAUCAUUCUUUUGGUACUUAUCCCUAAACUGGACAUUAUAUUCAAUUACUUCAAUGUGUCCCCUUUGAACAAUCGUCGAGUGAUGGACUUUUUUAAAUCAGCUGUGGAACGGGCCAUAGAAAUGCGUGACAACGUAGACAAGAACAGACAGGACCUUCUUCAGCUCAUGAUCAAUGCUCACAAAGACACGGACAAAAACGAAAUGGAGGAGGAACAAGCAAUCCAAGAUGAUCCUCAGAAAUGGAAGAAACGAGGAUUAACCACGGAUGAGGUGACAGGCAACGCCAUCGUAUUCAUCAUCGCGGGUUACGACACCACUGCCAGUACUCUAGCGUUCAUGGCGUAUUGCUUAGCAACCAAUUCAGACUGUCAAGAGAGGCUAAUCAGCGAGAUAGACUCAGCUAUAGGACAGGAACUGCCUACCUACGAUAACGUUCAGACGAUAGAGUACUUAGACAGGGUGCUGAACGAGACUCUGAGACUGUAUCCCCCAGCUACAAGAACCGGUCGAGUGGGCAACAUGGAGCUAGAUAUUGGUGGAUAUAAGGUUCCUAAAGGCAUAGAGCUUGCUUUUGCUAUCUAUGCCCUGCACAGAGAUCCCGAAAUUUGGCCUGAACCCGAGAAAUUCGACCCUGAAAGGUAG